UAUAUUCAUGACGAUUUAAAUUCAUCGUAAUCAUUGUUACCAAUGUACGUAAUAACGGAUGUAACAAGUAAAAGUGUGUAGGUGUGCCGAUAGUUCUGCGAAGUAAGUGUAAGCAGUAUUUUGAAAAAUAGUCAAAUAAUAUUUCCUUCUAAGUAAAAUGCCUGUAAAAAUAUCUUGGCCGGUUGUGGCAGCUGUUAUUUAUCCAAAUAUAGGAGGAUGGGCUGGAAGUUAUAUCACUAGAAAAAAUAUCAAACCCUGGUAUGAGUCUUUAAAAAGACCAUGUUGGACUCCACCAAACUGGGCAUUUGCUCCAGUAUGGACAACCCUUUAUUGCACAAUGGGGUAUUCUUCAUAUUUAGUAUGGAGAGAUGGUGGUGGUUUCAGAGAAGCAAUAGUACCUCUUUCUAUUUACGGAACUAAUUUAAUACUAAAUUGGUCUUGGACACCACUGUUCUUUGGAUUACACAAGAUAAAAUGGGCUUUGUAUGAAAUUGUUUUAUUAUGGGGAAGUACUGUAGCAAUGGGUAUGUGUUUUUAUCAUGUGAAUUCACUUGCUGGUUGGUUGACUAUUCCAUAUUUAGCAUGGACUACUCUUGCUACAGCAUUGAAUUACACAAUUUAUAAGGAUAACAAACCAAGUAUUGAACCAGCUGUGGAUGAAAAGAAAAAAUAAAACACUUGGUGAUACUUCUGUAGCAAACAACAUUAAUAUAGAUCACCUAAUGAAAACAAUA